GUUAAACUUUAAAUGUGUUUUUAAUUUGUAUGUUUGUUAAAUUUGACUCUUGUGCCGAGAGACGCAACACAACGCAAAUAAUAAAAUGACCAAAGAGCAUGUGGAUACCGCUGAUAGGCAAAAUGCUGACGGCGUAGUUACUAAUGGCAGUGAAAUGGCGCUUCAGUCGACGAACGGCAAAGCAGGUGGCGUUGGCCCAGAAAGUUCAGAAUCGAACGGUACACAAAGCAGUGAUGAAAAUGCGUCUGGCGUAUAUGUGCCUCAACCUAAAGCCUUAUCGAACAAUGAGAAUGGAGUGGAUGCUGACGAAACAGACGGAGAGCUACUGGAGCGCAUGCGCGCUGAUGCUGUUGGUGAGACAAUGUACAGCAAGAAAUACAUUUUACAGACGCUGAUGAAACUUAGCCAACAGCCAGCCGAGACAGGUCUGGGGCUAGAGUUAGAGGACGACCUGUGCAAAGUGUGGGAUAUGUCUGUUGCUCCAGAAGUGGUGUCCCUGCUGCUAGAGAACGAUGCCAUUGAGCUAAUUAUGUUUGCCAUUUCGUCAAGCGACGAUGUGCGUCUAUACGAGAUACUUAUAGGUCUGCUGGGAAACAUGUGUGCGAAGCUGCAAUGCGUGGAGCAGUUGACAGCACAUCCAGAGUGGGUGGAAAUGCUGUUAAAGUUAACCACCUGCAUGGACACUUGCAUGCUACUUCAGCUGAUGCGCGUUUACCAAUAUGUUAUGGCUCAUGUUGUAAGCGGCAAAGAGCAGCUCGGCAUCGAUUGGUAUAUUUGUUUUGCUGCCUUUGAUGGCUCUGCACGCAAUUUGGGCUUUAUAUUGCAACAGUCAGUAAGCGAUGAGCUGCUGCUAGCUGCGCUAAAAGCCAUAAAUUCCGUGCUGGCUAGCUGUGCCUUGGUGGAAGAGGAGAAUGCCCGUACGGACCUCAAGCUGCGACCCUUCGCAGAUGUCUUUCUAGUGCCUGAACUAUGUGAUGGUGUUAAUAAUGCUUUUAUAAGGCUUAUGCGUGAUGAUUUGGCCAAGCAGGCGGAUGAAAUUGAUGCCGAAACUGGCGCACAAAUAACAGCAGAUACUGAAUUGGAUGAUGACGACUGUGGCGAGGACUUAAACGUACCAAAAAUCAGCUGCGAUGUUGAAGUUAUUCAAACCUACCUCAACAUUUGCACCAUACUGGUGCAAUUACCCGAGGCACAGACCUCAAUGAACUUAUACGUAUCAAGCAUCAUGUUUUGCCUUACACGCAUUUUGCAAUUUCUGCAGCAGCCCAUGCAACUUAUACCAAUGGGCGAGCGCCAGGAGGAAUAUUUAGAGGAUUUGGCGCACAUAUGUAGCUGCUUGAAAUAUUAUUACAACAGCGCUACAUUUAUUAAUUUGUUGGCUGUUUGGGUAAGUUUAAAGCUGCACAUUAACAACUAUGUGGACUUGGAUGAGCACGAUUUUGAGGCCUUUGAUGAUGAACCGCUCUCUCAAUAUGAGGAGAACGCUUUCAAAGUGCUCCGUUUGCUAGCACACAUGUUAAUCAAAGCUGAUGCUGCAGUUAUUCUAAGCGACAUCAAAGGUAUUGAUGCUUUGCAAGUUAACAUGUUUCGCGCUGCAUUGCAGGCGGAGCAGGAGGAGGAUGUAGUGCUGCAAAAAGCAUUGGAGCGCUUGCACGUUGUUUUUAACGAAUUAAAUGGCCAAGCCAAGUAAUACUCACAAACACAGGACUGAAUA